AUCCCCUUUUCUUUCCCUUCGUCAAAUCCCCCCAUCCCACCCUUUUCUCAGCAGUACAUUCCUGUUACGUUCCUCCGCUUUCUGAAUUUUUUUGCUACGAUUCCGGCGAAGGCCGUGUCGAAGCUGGUCAAAAACGAUUCCUCAGUGCAUCAGGUUCUUGACUAUUUUCAAGGUAUGUGUCUGAGAGAGGAGCAGAGACUUGGUGAAAAGAAGCUUUAGAACGGCAAGGGUAGUGAAAAGGAAAGAUGAGAGAAUUCUGACAAGGCUGGCAGAUGAGUUCGAACAACUGACCGCUCAGCUGAACUCUCCGGCACCGAUCACCAUGGAAAUUGGCAAGUUCACCCAAACCUGUCGUCUCGUUUCUCCUCUCAUUCGACACUUAGGCGUCGCUUUGAAGUUCGCCGACAUAGAGUACUCUGCUGAGGUUAAUGGGAUUCAAAGGCAGUAAAGUCAGUUAAUACCCUAGAAGAUUUGCUUGACCGUGAAAUACAACAGAACACCAUGAAGGACCAAAGUAGUGCUUCGAGAUCCCUCAACAGAGUGAAGCGUUCGCUUGAGAUGCUUAAGAUAAUAUUCGAGCAAACUAUGGCCUCAAGGUUUUACUUAUCUCAAACCUAGCCUCGAUCUUCUCUGAAUUCACUGUUUCAAGGUAUGUGGCUGUGAGCCCACUUCAGAGGCCGGUUCGACAUUCCGUUGUUUGUGAGGUCGCCACGAAGAAGCGCGACUCUGCUGUGAAGAGAGCUUGGCAGGCCGAAAAGAGGAGGUUUUACAACAAAUCCCGGAAAUCCGAAAUCAAAACCCGGAUGAAGAAGGUACUUCUCUUUUCGGCAAGUUAAUUUGAUUUUAACUGAGGAUGGAGAAACCCUGCAAACAAUUGCACCAGGCUCCCCUUUUGGAUUGCCACUGCAAAUAAGGACACGAGGAAUUUCUUUUAAGAAGAGAAUAUGAGGAGCAUAUAUUCCUAAAAUUUAUUUUCUUUCGAGCAACAUAUUGAUAUUUUAGCAUCAUAUCAAAGCAACGUGGGCUAAUAUAUAUCAAUGAACAAAGAGCAUCCCAAUGGGUUUAGAAAAAGAGUAGAAUUUAGUGAUUAAGGGUAUAUUAAUAUUUUUGUAUCAACUUUUGGUUAUAAUUAUCAUAAAUUUAAAGUUUUAUUUGGGGUCCAAAUUUUCCUAUAAAAUGAAAGUGUCUGAGAGAGGAGCAGAGACUUGGUGAAAAGAAGUUAUAGAAUGGCAAGGGUAGUGAUAAGGAAAGAUGAGAGAAUUCUGACAAGGAUGGCAGAUGAGUUCGAACAACUGGCCGCUCAUCUGAACUCUCCGGCACCGAUCACCAUGGAAAUUGGCAAGUUCACCCAAGCAUGUCGUCUCGUUUCUCCUCUCAUUCGACACUUAGGCGUCGCUAUGAAGUUCGCCGACAUAGAGUACUCUGAUAAGGUUAGUGGGAUUGAAAAGGCAGGAAAGUCAGUUAAUACCCUAGAAGAUUUGCUUGACCGUGAAAUACAACAGAAUACCAUUAAGCGCCACAGUAGUGGUUCGAGAAUUCUCAUCAGAGUGAAGCGUUCACUUGAGAUGCUUAAGAUAAUAUUCGAGCAAACUAUGGCCUCAAGCGGAUAUUCAAUCAUGGAUCCGGUUAACACAGCAUAUAAACAAGUUUUUUACCCCUACCACGGAUGGGCUACCAGAAAGGCUGUUGCGGGUGCACUGCACACUCUUCCUACAAAGUCACUGUUCUUGAAAAGGCUAAAAUUAGAUGAGGCUUCGGCUUUUGUUCUGAUGCAAAGGACAGUUAUUGCAUUGGAUCCUCUGAUACGCUACAUGGACAAUUUAUUUCAUUCAAGGGAGUCAGCUCAAGAGUUGCUACGCUUGAUUUGAUCGAUUUCCGUCUUUCACACAUGCAUUUUUACAAAUGUGCUUUGAUUUCCGUGUUUCAUAUGUAUGGUAUGAUUGAAUAUCAGUGUGAACCUUAUCGGGAUUGUUAUUCGAUUUGGUUAUAGUUAUGAUAAUUUUCCUUUUUCCAUUGCCUGCCA